AUGGUGAUUGAAGGCGGGUCUGAGCCGUCGCCAGCGCACGCUGUCUCUGCGUCUGAGGUGUACGGAAGAUCCCCGCCUGUGCCUGCCUCAGAAACUGCCGCGAUGAAACCGCCGCUGCCGCCUGCACCGACACCUGUUCGGCCCGUCUCUCAGGCACCGUCUCUCCCAAAUCCCGCCCCGCUGGUUGUUCCGCCGCGUGUGGAUGCGGUGGUUGUUCCUCCUGCUCCCGCUCACGUGGAGUCCCUUCCUGCAGCCCCUGCUGAGCCAGCUGGUCAGGUUCCUCCCGUCGCUCUUGGCGCGUCGCCAGUCGCCGCUGCCCCUGUGGUGCCGGCUGUCGCCGAGGGCUCUGCCGCGCCGGUGAUGUCGCAAACGGCGGUGUCCGCCACCACUGCCGGCCAGUCCCUCGUGGUGGGACCUGUUGAAGCUCCCGCCCCUCCAGCUGCGGCACCAUCUCUGCCGCUCCCAAACGUCCAGGCGGUGCCUGAUCCUGCGUCGCUCGCUGCUGUUCCCCCUGCUCAGCGACAGCAGUCUCCGGGCCGCCGGCAGCAUCGACCUCACUCCCCGGCGCCAAGUGACGAGCGAGAGACAAUGCGGCGGCGACGCGACUCUCCUCGGCGCCGUGGUUCCCAGGCGAACUGGGCUGCGUCCCGCGGUCAGUAUCCAUCUCUGCUGCCCGUCGCUUCUGCUCCGCCGGCUGCUGCACUACCUCAUCAGUCGCUGGUGGGGCCCUCUCUUUCCGCUGUGGUGCCGGAGGCGUCUCUGGGACAGCUGUGGCGCCUCUCUGAGGGUCUGCGGGCUGUUCACCUGAUUCAGGUGUAUGGUCACGCGGCUCUCUCCCAGGGUCUUCCUCUGGAGAGUGGCCAUCGGGACGAGUGCCUAGAUGCCGCUGAUCGGCUGGGCGAGCUCCUGGCGCCCGUGUUGGCUGCGCCCGCGCGGGGUGGAGUUGCGGGCGUUGGACAGCUUGGGACGGCGGUCCGUGGGCUGCGCCGGUUUUUGUGCGCAGGGACUGCAGUCGACUUGAUCGGCGCAACCACUGUGGUGGUGCACGAGCUUCAUCGCUCGUUGACGGGUCUUCUCGCCGUCCUUGACGCGGAUCAGAUGUAG